AUAUAUAUAUAUAUAUAUAUACUAUUUCGCCAUCGCCAUCGCCAUCGUUGCUGCUAUUAUGAGUACCAACACGAUUCUGCCCAAAGAAAAACACAGGCGUUGCAGCUAGGUUAUGUGAAGACCUGCGUGGCGGACACCACAAGGGUGCGCGAUUAGUCAAAUCAAACUGGUAUUUUUUGCUGGUAUUCAUUGGACCGUUGCUCGUAGCACCCACUACUACCAAUAUCAAUAACAGCAGCGCCAAUAUCAACGAGGGCGGCAGAAAUACGGCAACGGUGACUGGUAACGCGGCCGAGAAAUAGCCGAUGGCGUACUGCUGAAAUACAGCUAAUGUCUACGAGACGCUAAAGACAACGCCAUGAAGGCGUGGAAAAGCAAACGGAUGGUGUCUGUGUCCAGAACGAACGGCUGGCGACUAUCGUACCAGUGACUGGAAGCACCGUCUGCACAAGGGAUAACACAGAAGCCCGAAGAAAUACCAACGACAACAAGCGUAAAAGGGCAUUCAAGCUGUAUGGACGUAACGUAGUGGGGUCGUCAGUUGGUGUGGACCAAAUACAACGGAGGGCAUCGCAAAAGUGAAACCAGUGCCUGUGUGUAGUUUAUGGUGCACUUGAUAACGGUGCUCAUAAUAAUAACAACGCUAGGCGAAAGGAAAGCCUGGAAAAAAAUCGCUACGGCUCUCGCUAUUGGAUUCCGACGCGGGAACAUAUGCGGGAAGCUAACGUUAAUUGGAGCUAAACAAGGUUAUGCAGAUCGUCAUACAAUAACCUGUCCAGGUUAUUCGCCUAGCAUAAACGUAGAACAAAAAAAAGCAAAGGAAAAUAGACAAAACGGGCCUGAAAUGUUGCCAUUUCUAGGACAGCCAUCUUGAAAUCCUGGCACCUCACAGAAGUGCGCCGGUGAGUACACCUACGAACAGAAAUAUCUGCUAUUAUGAAGCAGAUAUCUCUGUUCGUCCUUUUUCUGCCUUGCCAGCCGGACGUCCUAGCUUACAGAACAGGUUCUUGAUCGGUGCAUCCUAUAGAACCAGCUGAAGGUUCAGGCACUCGACGAAAAGCUUCUUUCUGUGGCAGUUUUCCCUGCUGUUGAUAGAAAACAGGGGUAGAAAAAAAGCAGCAGCAACAGCAGCACUCCGUAUCGAUGUCGCGGCCCGUGUAGAAACGGAAACACGUGUCGCCCUAUAACGUUUGAUGGAAGUAGUUUUAGCCGUUGUAGAAGUUGUUCGUUUUCUUCAUUGUCGUCAUGUGUCGAAAUAAGUCAAGUCCUUAUCUUUUGUGCGUUAGCUCUAGGUGAGGCUGGCCGUGAAGUAAAAUCUGAUCGAGCAGGAAAGGGUCUCGCCAGAGAGGAAGCCAAGCAAAGAGCAAAAAAAUUUAAGAGUGAUUCCUGAUAAUAAGUACAUAGCACUGACGAUCCCAAUAACAUCAGCGACUACUGAAGGACAACGACAGAAACAAGUGCAUCUUAAACGUAAGCAAAUAUGAGACGACCGGUUAUGAAGACCGUCGAUACUGAUCGGUUCCUUUGUCAUUUUGUACGUUAGGAACGCUAUCGAUAUUGGAAACAGCAGUUUUAAUUUUCCCUGAAAUCGCAGAGUUACGAUUGAAUACUGUGCAAUGCUGCAACAGCUGCUCGACGAAGCGUGAAGAUCGACAAAUCUGUGUUUGUUUGUGUGAGUGUCAACGGCAGCGCCGGGCAAAAAUUGUCGAAUCGUAAAGUGUUAUGUUGUUACCAACGUCGUAAUAUUGAUAAUAGUAAAUAUUUUUAUCAUUACUGUAAUAGAAGUAGGUGAAGAUUGUUGUCACCAAUGGGAUGUUGCUGGUGUCAGCGGAUGCUGAUGAUCGUGGACGACUACGCAGUGAAAAGUGCGGGAAAUUGUUAAGUGUUAAUAUUGGUAGUAAUGAUAUAAUACAACAAAUAAUUCUAAUUAUCGUAAUUUGUUCUCGUAUUAGCAAACAAAUCGGGCGAGGUGGCGUGGUUCAGUUGUGAAGUGAGAAUUUAACGUGAAAGAUAAUAGAAUAUAGAUAAGCAACGACAAUACGUGUUAAGGCUAGAACCCACACGUGUUCCUUACGAUAAAUAAUGGAUACAACGACGACAUCGUUGGUAACAGUUUCAGCAGCGACAAUAACAACAACAAAAAUACCGCCGCGACGACGAUGUAAAACUAGCGCCACCUACCGGUGGAAUUGUCUUACCGGUGACUUACGUGUAACUUAUGAGUCGCUUGGUAUAGAGCGACCAAUAGGCAUGAAGGUCGGCUGAGGACCCUGCCGGCUAGCUUUACUGGUAGCAGGCGUCUAGUGUCUAAGUUCGAAGAGCUGAAUCAAAAAAGUAACAAACUUGUCGUCAUUCAACAACAACAUCAACUCUCUUACCUUCACGAAUCGAUCGAAGACUCUCGGCAAUAUUAUGCAUUGUUUCGCAUGCAACUGCUAUUCCAGUCGACGCCACAAUACGAGACACGCGCUGAUCUCGUCUACAAAGUUUACGUCAUCUUCAGUUCCGUCUUUAUGAAGAACUGUUGAGAUUGAUUCCCUCAUUCUCGCUGCACAGGAGCGUACUCUAAUAUGCCGAUGUCUUUUUGCUGACUAAAGUCAUUAUCCAUUGUCAUUGCAUCCAUUGUCGAUCGGGUGACGCAGUGAAGCUUUGCCGAAGUUGACCUCUCCCCUGCGGGACCGGAUCAGUAUCGACUGAGACCCAGAACGCACGGUAACAGCUCAAAGAGCUGGCCCAGGCCGGCGAAGCUGGUCUGCAGUAGAGGUCUGCAGAACCAGCCGCCGCGGUAUUGAUGGGGCAGUGGACGAGGCUCAUCGAUGAUCGAAGAGGGCGCUAUUAACAAGCGCCCACUGCUCGAGGUGCAGCACCUCUUGUUCCUCGACGUCGACCUCGCGCUUCGACGUCAGGUGGGAAGUCGAAAAGAGGCGUUCAGCGUAAAACGGCGAUUUGAAACCGCCGUUAAUUACCAUUUGGCACCGAGCUAACCCAGCUAAGGCGUGGCUGUUGUGCUUCGCUUACGUGGCGCUUACAGCAUUGGCGAGGCAGAAAAACAACAUCAACAACUACAACUACAAGAUGACAAAAGCGUACGAAUUCAACUGGAGGAGGGUCGUUCCAGACGCGCUCUUGCAAGGCUGUGUCUUCGAUCGAUGGGAAGAGGAGAAAGAACAAAUCGUUGUAGAACAGAACGCGUUGUUCCGAGUUGACGAAUAUGGCUUUUUCAUAUUCUGGAAAAGUGAAGGGAAAGACGGCCAGGUGUUAGAGCUCUCUCAAGUAAACGACAUCCGGCAAGGAGGUGUUCCAAAGGACCCCCGCCUAUUACAGGAGCUGGGCACAAAGCAUGCUGCACAUAGUUUGGAGGAUAUUUCGUUAACAAUCUGUUCGGGGACGGAUAUGGUCAAUAUCAACUAUACGCACGUCGUCUGCCCUGAUCCAGACAUCGCGCUGGCCUGGCAAACAGGACUUCGAGUAGUCACGAAUAACAUAAAGGCGAAUAAUUUGUGCCCAUCAACGUGUCUAAUGAAGCACUGGAUUAAAUUGGGGCUUCAAGUGGACCCCGAUGGGAAAUUGCCGGUGCGUCGGAUCGCCCACACGUUCGCGUCAGGCAAAACGGAUAAACUAGUCUAUCAGUGCAUGAAAGACAUCGGAUUGCCUAACGGAAAGACGGACGUGAUCGAUCCGGCGGACUUUACGCUGGAUAAGUUCGAAGAGCUGUACCAGCGCGUGUGUCCACGCAAUGACAUCGAAGAGCUAUUCGAACAAAUCACGGUAGGCCGUGAGGAUUUCAUCAAUCCGCGACAGCUGGUCGCUUUCCUCAACGACAAACAGCGUGACCCACGCCUUAACGAGAUUCUGCACCCGUUUUACGAUGAACGGCGUGCGCUCGAGAUUAUCUCAAGAUACGAAACCAACCCCGAGUUUGUCGCACAGCAAAAACUUAGUCAACAGGGCCUUUGCAGGUACCUAAUGUCGGAUGAGAAUGCGCCGGUAUUUUUGGAUCGACUGGACAUCUAUAUGGAGAUGGAUCAGCCGUUGUCACAUUAUUACAUCAACUCGUCGCAUAACACGUACCUGACAGGCAGACAGUUCGGAGGAAGAUCCUCGGUAGAAAUGUACAGACAAGUGUUAAUAGCUGGAUGUCGAUGUGUCGAAUUAGACUGCUGGGACGGAAAAGGCGAAGAUGCUGAACCAAUUAUCACCCAUGGCAAGGCCAUGUGCACCGACAUCCUGUUUAAGGAUGUAAUCUACGCGAUCCGGGACUGCGCCUUCGUGACUAGCGACUAUCCAGUGAUUCUGUCGUUCGAAAAUCACUGUUCCAAACGACAACAGUACAAGUUAGCUAAGUACUGCUACGACAUUUUCGGUGACCUGUUGCUUACUGAGCCCCUGCCGACACACCCACUCGUGCCUGGAGCGCCGCUUCCGAGCCCUAACGAUUUGAAAAGGAAAAUCCUUAUCAAGAAUAAGCGGCUCAGGCCGGACGACGAGAGACGCGAGAUGGACCUUUGGUUAAAGGGCCAGUUGCAGAAUGAAGAAAGUGAUGGGGAGGCCGAGGAACACGACGCCAACGCUAUCAACGUCACCGAUUCGGGUGUAGUUACGGGCGACGACGCCACUGCGGCGCCCGGCUCGCCCAUCGCUUCGCUGGCGACGGCCGCUUCCCGUACGACAAACGUCACAAAUGCCACAAGCGUCGGCGCAGCUGCAUCAGCUGCCACGGUUCGCUCUACUAUUAUAUCUACUACUACCACUACUACUACUACUACUACUACUACUACUACUACUACUACUACUACUACUACUACAACUACCGCCACAACGGCUAUCUCUAGUUCAGGGGUCUCUUCGGCAAACAGUGGCGUAGCUGCUGGCGGCGGCGGCGCUGCGAGCGGUGCUGGCACUCCAGACGCCCUACGCGAAGUCUCCGUAAUUCGCUCUGUAUCCGCUACGUCCCCAAGUUGCGUGGCACCUUCGCCCGCCCCCCUGAACAACAACAGCAACAGAAAUAACAGCGUUGCUGAUAACGGCAGCAACAGUAACAAUAACAGUAAUAAUUCGGGAAAUAACGGCGCUAUACCGCUAUCCAAAGGCAGUAUCCAAGCGACAACGACUACUGCGACAGCUGUCGCGGCAACGAGUGCCCCCACCACGCAAUGGUCGCCCACCAACAGCUCAGGAGGAUCAACAAAAAAAAAAAAGGCCGAGGCUUUGCCGGUCGAAGAGGCGAUGGCGCAUUAUCGCUACACCGGCGCCACGACACACGUGCACCCGUUCCUGUCCUCACUGGUCAACUACGCGCAGCCCGUCAAGUUUCAGGGCUUCGAUGUGGCCGAGGAGAAAAACGUGCAUCAUUGCAUGAGUUCGUUUGCCGAAACAUCAGCACUCAGUUAUCUCAAAUCACAAGCUAUCGAAUUUGUAAAUUAUAACAAACGACAGCUCUCACGAAUCUACCCGAAGGGUACAAGAGCAGAUUCGUCCAACUUUUUGCCGCAGAUCUUCUGGAAUGCUGGGUGCCAAAUGGUGGCCCUUAACUUCCAGACCCCAGAUCUUCCAAUGCAACUAAACCAGGGUAAAUUUGAAUACAACGGAGGGUGCGGGUACCUGCUAAAGCCGGACUUCAUGCGUCGGCCGGACAAGACCUUCGACCCCUUUGCGGAGUCACCGGUGGACGGAGUGAUAGCCGCUCAAUGUAGCGUUCGAGUCAUCUCCGGACAGUUCCUGUCAGACAAGCGAGUCGGCACUUAUGUCGAAGUCGAUAUGUACGGCCUGCCGACUGACACCAUCCGUAAGGAGUGUCGCACUCGGAUAGUACCGAAUAACGGAUUAAAUCCUGUCUACAACGAAGAACCGUUUAUCUUCCGCAAGGUGGUCCUGCCCGACCUAGCCGUGAUCCGAAUAGCCGUGUAUGAUGAGAACGGGAAGAUGCUCGGCCAACGGAUCCUGCCGAUGGACGGCCUACAGGCGGGCUACCGACACGUCUCACUUCGCACCGAAGGAAACUUCCCCAUGUCGCUUGCUAUGCUGUUCAUUUGCAUCGAGCUAAAGAUUUACGUACCUGAUGGACUGGGCGAUCUUAUGGAUGCGCUCAGCGACCCCCGGGCCUUCCUCAGUGCGCAAGAGAAGCGGCUCGUGCAGAUGCGUGCGAUGGGUGUCGAAGACGCUGACCUGGUCGCCUCUUCUGGAGGGGACUCCAGCCUUACUGGACCGCCAUCGGGGGGCGGUUCCGCAGGCGUCAAAAGGACCUCGUUUCUAUCGACCAGGGACCAAGAUAAGCAGAAUGACACGCCGAAGCUUGAACCCAUCACUCUGGAACAGCUGAAGACUACUAAGGAGUUUGUCAAACUGAAGCGUAAACAACAAAAAGAGCUCGAUUGUAUGACAAAGAAGCAGUCUAAAGAGAAGCACUCGAUGCAGAAACAGCAGACGGCCUCGAUUGACAAAAUGGUGAAACAAUCGGCCAACAAACUUAGCCCCAAUGACCAUGCCGUGCAGAGACUUGUGAGGGAACACGCAGAUCAGUGGAGCGCGCUUAAGGAAAAGCACGCUAAGGACUACUUCAAGUUGUUAAGGGACCACACAAAUCAACAAGGAGUGGUGUUGAAAGCGCUUCUUAUUCGGACACAGCAGAGACAGAUGAAGGCGCUGGAGAGCCGCUUUGAGAGCGAAAACAAAAUCAUGAAAGCAAAACAGGCGCGGGUUUCUGUUGAGACAGCCCGAGAGGUCAGCGGUGACAAGACACUACGCAACAAGGCCGAAAGGGAACGGCGUCUUCGUGAGAAAAAUUCAAACAACACGAAGAAGUUUAUCGAGGAACGGAAAACAGCUGCAUUGAAACAAAGCCGAGAACGGGAAAAAAUUAAGAAGAUCCAUGAAAAGCAACUCAAUGAUGUACUGCGUGAGAUCGAUAAUAGCUUGGAGCGGUACAACGCUACGGAAACAGAGAUCCUCCUCAACGCCAAGACGGAAUGCUACGUCUAGUGGUCACACUAUUAUUCAUAACUUGAUUGUUAGAACACUCCUUACAACAACAGCAGCAACAACAACAACAACGACAACAGCGACAACAGCAACAAGAACAGGAAUUACCGCGAAUUUUAAACACGCACAUAUACAUUUGGCCACGCAUGCGUAAAUGGCACAAGCUUUCGUCCGUUAGCGGCACCUUACGCUGGCGUCAAUGCAAGAAGGAAAAGGAAAAAAAGGACUGCACGAAUAAAGGUAACGAUAUCGAGCUUCCGUUGUGAGUAGGAGUGAGAGAUUGUUGCGCGAUCGACUGAAAGGCGGGCAACAAGAAACAGCGGAAAGCUAGAACAAUACCGUCUAUGGCCAAUAUGCGAUGCGAUCAGCCGCAGAAGCGUCGUUUCAGCGAAGGUCUACACAUCGGAUGCGGGUCUACGCGAUUGGUGAUGGUGAGCCUGUUAAACAAACUUGAGCGAAACUAGUGGCUUGCAUAACAGUACGGGCCAAUCAUAAUGGAAAUAAAAAUAAAGCUAGAAAAAUAACAAUUGUUUUAAUGGUAUUGUAAAUAGGAAAUGGGUACAUUGUAGCCUGUAUUGUUAAUUCGACUGAAAUGACUAAUGAAUGAGAAUGAGACAGACUGAAACUGAUCUAAAUACAUAGAGGAUCCGUAACAGAGUCAUAUAGUAUCAUUGAAACCAGAGGCACCUAAAAAAUUGUCUGAAUUAUUUUUAAAUGAUUGCUGUUAUAUUACGGUUUUUAUAGAACACGCAACGGGUCUCACGCAUUUGCUGGUAACGGUCGUGUGCGUUUGUGGCAUAAAUUGGCCUAAUAUGUUUUCAUUCGAAGUAAAUGCGAGCUUCUAGCAAAUGUCACACCUAAACGGAUCGAGUUUUCUGUUGACGGCUAUGAGAACCGCUUAAAGCACAGAAGCGACGCCGAAGUCGCACAGUCGCUAGAACUUAUUUAGGUUCUACUGAGGCUCUACAUGGAUAGAACGGCUACGAUACUGGCUGCAUCAUGAUUUUGAUGCUCAGUGUUAUUAAACUGCAAAUGAAAAACAGAACGAUGCCUUACCUUACGCGCAUGUACCCUUCGAGGUGUGUAUGAGGAGGGCAGAAAAAGUUUCUAGGUAAAAUGUCACUAGCGUAACUUUUCUGAGUAGAUGUGUAUUAGUUUGCUAAAAUAGACGCGGCGGUCAGCUCUGAAAAAGGUAAAUAGAAAUACAGUGGAAUAAAAUCAUCUCUACCGUAAUCAUCUCGUACUCAAAGAGAGGAAAGAGAAAAUCGAAAAGAUAGGUGCCGUACUUUUGUAUCAUUGAUCCUAUUUCUUCAAAUGUGAUAGUUGACUUUAAGCAGGCAACACGCUACAUGAGCGCCAUCUAUCAGAAAGCAGAAAACUUUUAGCACAGCAUGCUGUGCAGUAUUCGUACUAUUGUUAGCGUGUGGAUUGCCCUACAGAAAAUAGCAAUAUUAUUCGGAGAAUUGUUUUGUCUAAAGCUCAAUUAAAAUAGGUGAGAAAACGCAUAAAAUGCGAAACUUUAUGCUAAACCUAUGGGUUUUUUCAAGCGUGAUAAGCGGCUUGAGCAGCUUCCUGCUCCUCUCGCGGUUCGCAUAAAGGGUUAACGCAUUAAACGGAUCCGUUUUACUGAACUAAGACGGAUCAACUCUUCGAAUUAGUUUGAUGAAUUCCGUGGAAAACACAAAUACGAUUGCGCAAUCAGUGAGACAGGUACCACAAGCAUAGUUCAUCACCGAUGGGCGUUAAAGCACCUUCAUUAAUAAAUGGCGAGAAUAAUAACUUACAGACGCAAUGCGUAUGCCCUCAGGCUAACAUACAUGGAUCUAUAAAUUAGACACACAAGUGUAGGGUAAAGCCAAUCACAAAUUUAUAGACGAUGUGGACGCGCCCAUACAAUACGACCGAGCAAUUAACUUCGCAAGCUGUCAUUCGACCCCUGGUGCCCCCUGACACUACAAAAACGGGUUAUUACAUGUCAUACCACUGAUAGUAAACAUCGUCCGUUCAAACAAUCUGCUAGUAACUGAAGGACAGGAAAAGACCCGACCUGGGACGACAGAGAAGUCACUGUUUUUUGCGAGGCAGCCGUAAUGUGUCUAAUGGCAGGACAACGUGUGUCGAGCCGGGAAAGAGUCUAAUUCAGGUCGUUGGUAUUGCACAUUCUACGAUCGCUUCUAACUACAGAGAAAAAUAAAAAAUUACAAUAUUUGGCAAAAUAGGUAGAUGAGGAUCAAUAAGAUACUCCGCUGAAGAGAACGGCAGAAAGCAGACAGUUAACUUAACUUUUGAGGGAAACGAUAUUAGCCAUGGGCUCUAAAACACUAACUCUUACGUUAUACAACAUUAUCAUAGAUUGUUAUCCGUUCUAAUUUUUAAUAAGCUAUUGUUCAGUUUGUUGCACGAAAAGAUUUAUACAUAUAUAUACACACGAACAAAUACGAAAUGGCUGGACUCCCAACGAGAGUUAAGGAAGUUAAUACGAUUUUACACCUCCUAUCAAUAGGGUCUUCGAUUAGGCAACGUCAUUCGUGUUAGCAGAAAUGAUAGUGACCUAUUUUGACCUAAAAUGCAGUUUUUUCUUCUUGUCUUUACUACUUAUGAACGUUGUUGUUGUUCUUGGCCAAAACAGCGCGCCAGGACUUAUCUAUCCUGUACUACCCAAGGAGGUCGUUACCUUAUGCACUCUAUCGGGUACUCAACACCGGAUGAGAGUAUCUAACACGCCAAUAGCAAAAAUAAAAUUACAUCUAUACUAUUCGUGAAUAAAUGUAUGUACACAUAUAUUCGUCGAUGUAAACAUAGUAAUCGUAUUGCAGGAGCCCACACAAAAAUGCACACCUUAAAUAGAAUAAGUAACAAAGGAGACUUAUGUUGCUCUUUAUUAGGUUGUCAUCAGCAUAUAAACACUCGGUAUAGCCGAUAUUCAAUAUAAAUAUUUCAAAUGGUAAUACAGCAUCAAAUAGGAAAAAAACUACACAAAUGAUACGUCCAGUGCACGGCCAGAUGCGAUGACAGCUGAACGCGACAGCAGUUCGACAUGGAGGCGGUGCUGGUCGUAUUUAAAGGUCGUUUACACAAGAGGGCCGCACGACGCUAGUGUCCUUCGCCUCGAUUCGUGAAACCUAACCUUCAUCGAUUACUGCUGCUACGCCUAAGGUGUCCAAACUGUGACCAAAUUAGAUAUUCGAGUAUAUAAAUUAUGUGUAUAGGUAAUUGUCAUAUUGAAUAGCCUAAGCAAAAGCUGGAACACGGCAGAAAAUGUAAAGCGUGCAAAAAAUCUCCAUAUAGAUGGAUAAAUAGAAGAAGACAGGAAAAUCAAAUGAAAGUUAGGAAAUAACGGGUGUUAGACGAGAAACGCUACUCGAACAUAUAAUGAAACUUGCAGAGAUAAACGUGUCUCUGAUAGGCUAUCAAAUUGAUUAUAGAUAGAGAAAGAGAGAUAGAUUACUUGAUCGAGAGCAUAGAUUAUUCAGUUAGAAGUUAUGCUACUUGAAAAAUUAUGCUGUUAUAAGUAAUGGACUUAUUACAAUCUUAAACAUAUUAAUUAACGUAAAAAUAGUUAUAAUGACUGAUGGGCUAGGGUUUGCAAUUAUUACACAGAGGUAGACACGGUAACGUAGUGGCAAGGAAACGAGUGACGAUAGUAAUUGUGGACAUAUUGAGAAGCCUUCUAAAUGAAAUGGGAAAAGUAUAUAAAAAGAUCCGUUGCCAAGAAGUAAAAUGGUACCUAAAAAGGAAUAAACCCUCGUUGAUAUCUUCGAUAUGCUGCAGGGCAAUAGAGUAGGGAAAUUUUCCUUUUUUCUAUUUGAAAAUUGCACAAUAUUUUCACUGCAGCGAUCAAAAAAACAGGUGAGAAGUUGGUAAAAGGUUUGCCUGUUUGACACCGAGUCCACCGAUGACCAGCUAACGUAAAAAUAUAUGUCGUUUUUUUAUCGGAUAUUGCAAAACAACACAAGCUGUAAGUUUCACUGUACUUAAUCAGUUACUAUAUAUAUAUAUAUAUAUGUAUGCAUGUAUGUAUGUAUAUAUAUAUAUAUAUACACAUACAUACAUAUAUAUAUACAGAAUGACAUUAAAAUAUUUAUUGCCAUCAUCGUCAGUACAUGGCGGGAUUAUUAUAAUCUUUCCGAAAAGCUGGGACAGGAUAAAGCAACUGUUGCGAAGAAUAACCCAAAUCGGUGUGAAAAUAAUCUUGCGGUAAGGAGAAUUCAUUGUCAUCUAUUUUUCUUAAGCUAGAUCUGAAACAUAUUAUGUAACAUUAAUGAGUGCACGUCGUCUAUGUGGGAGUGAGUGAUAUGGCGAUUGCGGUAACAACGACAAUUUCGAAAAAUGGCGACACUGACUUCCCACGAAGUAUCUUAUGAAAUCCUGGCAGAUGUCUUCGAUUAUUAUUAUUGUAAGUAUCGUUGAUAAUGUUCAUAUGUAAAAUACGAAACAUUGUAACAUAUGCAAGGUGAAUAAAAGUCAACAAGGCUCGGGGUGCAAUUAUACGGCCAAAUAAUACUGCUAGCGUAGAAUAGAGAGGAGGAUGUUUAAUUGUGUAAAACCAAUACAUGAUCAACACAUUAUAUAGGUAGCGUGUGACGCAACGUUAGAUCUUAUUACUAUAGUAGGUAUUAUUGCUGAAAGAUAAAUAUAGUCAUAGUGAUAGUAUGGGUUAUUAUUAUUACUACAUGGCCAAUGAUAAUAGAGCAGUGAGUAUAUAUAUAUAUAUAUGUGCGUACGUACGUAACAUAUGUAGCGUAGGAGCGCAGCUUGGCGGGUUCUCGCCGUGAGCUUUUAUGUCACUUAAACGUGGGUUGGUCAGUUUGUUAAUAUGAGGAAAGGAAUCUAUUACAUGUGUCUAUUGUGCAUGUUGCAUCCGUCAUACCGUUACGUAUACUGAACCAGAUGAUAAGCUAUAACAAUAGUAAUGACGACUAAUAAUAAUAGACAAAGGUUAGACAGUUCCACUAACUUAAGUUGAUAAUAAAACCUGUAAACACCAAGCGCUGUCCCGCGUCACAUAUGGGAGAGAGCAGGAUACGCCAGCAAUAUACAUAUAAGAAUAACUUGUACAUAUAUCCCACACACGUACGCAUGUCGAAUUCAUUUCGCAAGCACACAGGAUACAGAGGCAGUCUAGACGGCAAGAUGAAGGGAUUUCGUUCGGCAGAGUAACAGAAAAGUUAUGAAAAUUAGUAUACAUAACAAUGAUGAUUGUUAAGGCGAUGACAAGGACAAAGAAGUAGGUCAUGGGCACGAUCAUACUGACGAGACGCCAUCCCAAGAAAAUAAUAUAAUCAAUGAAAAUUCAUGUUGAUUAAAACUGAAAAAGGAGAAUCACUUUUUCGAGGUGCGGUGUAUAAUUUUAAGCGACAAACUUCCAGUUGCAAUAACUUCCCACUGCAGCCUAGUUAAAAGCUUUAGAAAGAUCGCUGAAGACGCAAAAGUACUAAAUAAAGUGGUUACUAUUUAGGCCUAUAUUAUAUAUAUUUAUAUUAGAAGGCCAAGAAAGAAAUAAAUAUGGACUCGCAAAGAUGAAUGCACAAACAAAAAAAUGCUGAAAGCAUCAACUAGGAUGCUGACGCACUUACAGAGAAGAAUGUGCAGAUAAGAUUUGUAAAUUUAAGACUAUUUUUCAUCAUAUAAUGCGCAUACAGUACGUUGAACAAACAAAAAAAACCAACAACGAAUAAGCACAAUAUAAAUGAAUCAAUCGUAUAAAUCCCACAUCUCUUAUAAAGUCAUAGUAAUAGCUUAUUUAACAAAAUUGACGAGUACCUUUCAUAGAUAUGCCUAAGCCUGAUGUCAACGAAGGAAUGACUAGUUUCUCAAAGGGUUUUCUUUUUUAGAUUUCCACCUCUUUGACAUCUCCAACUAACUUUUUACUUACUCAUAAAUCAGGCGUAAAAAAAAAGUCGAUUUCUUUAUCACCGUGUCGCAAUGGCACAUACCCAAAUACCAUGGUGCUUCCAACACAAUUAUAAACAUGAUAGUGUAUCUAGACAUGGAAAUUUAGUAUGGCGCAUGCUCUCACCAGAAGAUCUUUUUCCUCAGUAGCUGCAGUCGUGAGAUGAUCGUUCUGUUUUGACAUCACUGGCACAAAUUAAGCACUAAUUAAUGAAGACGACCUUCUUAAAUAAUCAGUUGAAUGAGCGAAAACAAUAUGCUCGAAUAGUAAACUAACGUCCAUUAAGAAGCUGAACAUGUUUACGAGCAAAUUUCGAUCAGUAAACCUGACAAACGAAUAGGAGCAUUGUCUAACGUUCAAAUCAGCCUUCUCGCGUCCUUUGCAUAUCAUCAUGCUAACCGAUCGUAACCGAAUACCCCGAAAUUGAAUGAUGAUACGCAGUAGCGGACGAGUCAUCUAUAAUAGUUGGCGAAAUUUCCGCCAAUCGUUUGACCCUGCGUGAGUGCGCUCCCCUUUGUUCUUACCGGGUCUGAACCUAGGCCAAAUGGGUUUUGCACUCAAUAUAGAAUCAAAUUAAACGUAUUUACCGUUGUUGUUGUGGUAGUAGUGUAUAGUUGAUGCUUGUCUGUGUUAGUUCGUUGAUGUUCCCACGUGCUCUAGUGUUGAUGGCGUAGUAGAAGUUAAAGAGACAUCAUGAUAUUAUACCUUGACUGUGUUUUGAUGGUACGGGAUGACAGCUACAGUGUUUCAUUGUUGUAUCACCACUAAUUUGACAGCUGAACACGGCUUCGGCCUAAAUGGUAAAGUUUAAUCUAAUCAAGCGAAAGGAAGCCCGGUGUCGAAACGCGGGAAGGUCCUAAUGAAGAACGACUCGGCUAACGAGGUAUUUAGCCAAACAUUCAUAUGCUUUUUAUGUGUCGCAAAUUUGUUUAACGCUAUAGGCAUCUGUCACACAUGUAUAUGUAAAUCAAUGAGCAUUUCACAUAAAAUAUUGAACACAGCAUUGUGUUUGCACAUUACCUACCUAACAGCAACUCGGAUUAAAGGACCUAUAUCCUAUUCAAUACAUAAUGAAACUAAUGGAAAAGGUACCUAAGUAAGGUGAACGACGAGUAACACGGAGACGGACAGGGCUGUGCUUACCCAGAAAAAAAAUCGCAGCUACGUACUAGUAACUAGCGAUAAUAUCUAACAGACUAAUAACGUGAAUGGCAGACUAGAGAGACGUGACAGCGCCUAUGUCAAUAUACAGAUAUAUAUGAAUAAUACGAUAUUUAGAGAAUGGUACUGACUACGGCGGUGAGAAUAGGGUAUAGCUAAACAGAUGCCUAGAAAAUGAGAUAAUGAUAAUUAGAACGAUAGAGGUACGGGGAUUAAUUUGGCCAUAUACAAUACAUGUGCGUGUUCAAACCCUGGAUAAAUACCAUAUGGUCGAAAAGCAACAACCCGUUCGUAUUGAACACUUCUAGCGAUCAGUUUGUGAACACCGAUAAAUAAUUAGACAACAAGAGAAGCAGCGAUGUUUCGUGACAACUAAUUAUAGUGUGAUUAGAAAACCACAAAAAUGACACGGCGCACUAUUGAUGAACGAAUUUUUCAUGGACAAGCGACAGCAGGAAGUAUAUAGAUCUAUUGGGUCUGGGUCUAAGGAAUAAGGUACAAUACUUGACGAGGCCACUGGAAAUGAGAAAAAAGUAGAUUUUACUUUAAUUAAUUACGUCGACUUUUAAAUAACAGCUGAAGUCUGUCUAGCCGGAAGGUACUAACAUACACGUUGAUCGCACCUGCUUCUCCUAUAAGGACUGUCACGUUAUAAUGACUUACUGCAGUAAAGCACGCAAUAUGCAACAAAGCCAUAAAUUAUUGUCAAUAUGAAAAGGAAAACAGCAAAAAACAAGCUAAAGGCAAGAAUCUACUUUUUGUACGAAGUACCCAGUUGAAAGUUACUGCUUCUUAUCCAUCAAUCUUAAUUUAACACAUGCCAUACCGCCACCAUAAGUCCAGCAUUAAUCAAAAUAGAGCUAGUUAUAAAUGCCGUCCAUAUAAAUAAAGGAUCGAUAAAAGAACAAAACUCAAACAAUUCACACACUACUACAUGCAAAUGAUCACAUAAGAUCAACAGUUGUCGAUACGUUUGUGGGCGAUGGAAAAAAUAGAAGGGGAAUUUGUUUUGUCGGUUCUCGUUCGUCCGGUCGUAAAUAUGUGGCUAGUGACCUUAGACCUCAUGCAAUUGCUGUAUUCGUUACAUGCAAUACAUUAUGGGGGCAAUAAAUUAUCGGUGGUGGCCAGUAGUUAGACACAAGAUAAAGUAGUGCAAUCGAACGGUUCUAAAAGAAAUGCCUGGCCCAAAGUUAGAUAGGUGGCAAAUGUAAACAACGUCUCUCUGUUACUAUUACUUCGAACGAGGCGUUAUUAGCCGACGUGAAAAGCUGCGUCAAACUCUUCAAUUUACGCAUGAUUAUGUUACUACCUUAUUCAAACUGCCCGCCACUUUGUACUACAGUGUACAUGUCUGACGUACGUAUGUCGUCUGCUUAUGACCAUAGCAGCAGCGAAAGUUCUGCCGAUACAGAGAACUUUUAACUAAAAUUAAAUACUAUUCUGAUAAAAAAAAAAAAAAAAAACUCUGUCCUUUUAGCAGAUUCUAGGAUGAGUGGGUGAUCUAUGCUGGAAACGCAUGUAUUACCAUCGUUUGAAUGAGCCCAAAUCGUAGAUUCUUAAGACACGUGGGAAUCAUUACAUGCGUAGAACUAUCAGCAAAAUUAAAAACAUAUGUGUCAUUAAUAACAGGUUAUUUUUUUUAAUUACGGUAGUAGGGUGCAAUUGACAGAUACGACUUAACUAUUUGGACUUCAAUUUUGUGAAAGAGUGCAAAUCUAAAGUACAUGAACCUAUUAAACGGCGAUUUCGAGCACAGGAAAACUAUAAAAAACGGGUCUAUAAUAAACGGGUCUGGGUAAAAUUUUGUCUAAGUUUUCUUAUAUGUUUGUUGCGCUGCAUUUCUACGUCCCACAUACCAAGAAAUAGACUGUUAGUGAAAUGACUGUAGAACGCGCAGAUUUGAUGACAUACUGUUCGGGAUAUCCAAUCAAUCGUUAAGAUUGACACAAAAGGUGUUGUUGUGGUUGGCUACCGUGCUGGUAACGGUCAUCAUCGUAACGAAUAUUGGUUACAAGAUCGAUGAAAUGUUUGCUUAGUGAACUGCCGACGAACGAAUUACACUGUUCAUUCUAUUUUUGCACUUUUGUCACGGCAAAUACGGAUUUGCAUAAAGUUUAGACGGCUCCAGCCUCAGCUAGAAGCAACAGCCGGCCUGCACACGUUUAUGAAAUAAAAAAACUAUCUGUCAGUACUGCCGCGAUCAAUCAGGCGCGUAGUAGGGACCUCAAGGAACCGCUAACCGCAUCUGACUACAUCGGUUUUUACCGCAUCGCUACAUUUACCCGUGAGUCUAGCGAGCUUGGGAGAAAAAGAUUUUAAGUGGUGAUCGCUGUCUCUGCCGUAGUCCUUCAGAUUCUUUCGUUUGAACUUCAUGAAGUCGAUCGAUGCGAAAUUCUGCGGACGACGCACAGACCUGGGAGAAAAAAACGUUUCAAAGAAACCAAGUAUCAAGAAAAACCGCGUAUAUCGUUAAGCAGCGAGUCAAAAGACAUGGAUUUCGUUCUAUUAUUUC